AAAAACGAAACGAUGCGAACAUUCUAUAAUUAAAGUACCAAAGCCUACAAAUGAUGGAGCUGCCUUUACUCGGUGAUACGUUAAUCGUUCUUGUGUCUCAGCUAAUCUUCUUCAUCGGAGGAUGGGUAUUUUUCGUGAAACAGCUGUUCCGUAACUACGAAAUACGGCAUGUGUUCGUACAGCUGAUCUUCUCAUCCACCCUGGCUCUGUCGCUGACGAUGUUCGAGUUGAUUAUUUUCGAAAUCAUUGGCUUUCUAGAUUCGACCUCACGGUAUUUUCACUGGCGGCUAGGGCUAACACUACUGCUCAUCAUGGUGAUUGCUGUGAUACCGUACUUGAUCGCCUACUCCUGCAUUAGUAAUGUGCGGAUAGUGCCCGCCAGAUGGGUUCAGCCGCUUACAACACUCAUCUGGCUGUGCUAUCUGUAUGGGUUCUGGCGCAUCGGAGACCCUUUUCCACUGCUAAGCGUAAGCCGAGGAAUCUUCACAAUCGAACAAGCCGUAUCACGUAUCGGUGUGGUCGGUGUGACCGUGAUGGCUGUACUGUCCGGGUUCGGUGCCGUUAACUAUCCGUACACCAGCAUGUCUUACUUCAUACGGCCCGUGUCACAGAGUGAUGUGGCGAAUAUUGAGCGAAGGUUGCUCCAGACUAUGGACAUGAUUCUGGUGAAGAAGAAGCGCAUUGCGCUUGAUCGUAGGAGGAACAAACCGAACCAGAAGCAAAGCAUUUGGGGCAUGAUAAGCAGUGUCACGCAGAGGCCUGCCGGUGCAGAAAACAUUGGACAGCUGCGGUUAGAAAUUUCCGCCCUUGAAGAACUCUCCCGACAACUCUUCCUUGAAGUGCAUUCGAUGAAAAAUAUGCAGGAACGUCAACGGUGGGCUGCCACUCUGCAAGGAAAAUAUUUUAACGUGCUGGGUCAUUUUUUCAGCCUCUACUGUUUGUGGAAAAUAUUCAUCUGCACAAUUAAUAUCAUCUUCGAUCGUGUUGGUAAAAAGGAUCCGGUAACACGCGGUAUCGAAAUUGCCGUUCACUGGUGCGGUUUCGAGAUGGACAUUGCGUUCUGGAGCCAGCACGUGUCUUUCCUUCUAGUCGGCUGCAUCGUGGUUACCUCCAUUCGCGGCCUGCUACUCACGCUGACGAAAUUUUUCUACAAAAUCUCGUCCAGCAAAUCCUCCAACAUUAUCGUGCUGGUACUGGCCCAAAUAAUGGGCAUGUACUUCUGCUCGUCCGUACUGCUAAUGCGCAUGAAUAUGCCGGCCGAGUAUCGGGUAAUUAUAACGGAGGUGUUGGGUGGGUUACACUUUAACUUUUACCACCGUUGGUUCGAUGUGAUCUUUCUGGUAAGUGCGCUGGCGACGAUUGUCGUGCUAUAUCUGUUGCACAAACCACCGAACGUUGAUUCUAGUAUGUAAA